AUGGUGGGGUCAGUGAACGAUUGCUGUCCCUACGAGGGUGACCUGCUCCCCAGAGCUCUGCCUCCUCUGAUCAUCUUUGAGUUCGUGCUGGGUGUCCUGGGCAACGGCCUGGCCCUGUGGGUCCUCUGCUGGCACAUGAGGCCCUGGAGGAGCAGCACGGUCCUCCUCUUCAACCUGGUCCUGGCCGACUUCAUCCUCAACGCCGUGCUGCCGUUCCGCGCCAGCUACUACCUCUCCGGCAUGGACUGGGGGUUCGGCGACGCCUUCUGCCGCGUCUUCCUCUUCCUGGUGUCCCUGAACCGUAACGGGAGCAUCGCCUUCCUGACGCUCAUCGCCCUGGACAGGUAUAUGCGCGUGCUGCAUCCCCAUCACUCCGUCAACUCUGCCGGUGUCCUCAAGGCGGUGGCCGUCGCCGUGGCAGUGUGGGUGCUCACCGUAGGCCUGAACACCCACCUCCUGACGGUGCCGCAGCACCUGGUGGUCGGCGAGGCGACGCAGUGCGAGAGCUUCGUGGUGUGUUUGGCUGUGGAUCCCGCGUCCAUUUGGUACAAGUCCGUCUUCGUCUUGUCCUUCUUCGUCCCUUUCGCUCUCAUCCUCGUCUGCUCGCUCCGUGUCAUUUCCGAGCUCAGGCGCAGACAUCUGGAUCGUGGCAGCAUGAGGAUGACCCUCUACGCCCUGGCCAUGGUGGUGGUGGUGUUCGUCGUCUGCUUCCUGCCCAGCAACGUUGCGCAAAUGGUGAUCUGGGUUAGGGUGUGGUCAGAGAGGACGUGCGACGCCGUGGAGGUGGUGAACGUGGUCUUCUACAGCACACUGACCCUCACCUACCUCAACAGCAUGCUGGACCCUGUGAUCUUCUUCUUCUCUAGUCCCACCUUCCAGCAGGUGUGUAGACGGCUGGUGAGGCUCAAGAGCACGGAGGGGACAGGGGAGGACGAGACUAAAGACAGCAGCCAACAGGGUGCCUGA